GUCUCUCUCUCCGCCGCGUAGGUCUGAGCAAAGAAAGAGCUCUGUGGAAGCCAUUGUACCAUGUCCUCUUGAUUCCCACUCUUCCUCAUCCAUUUCAUGUCUCUUCCCGCCAAGCGCUCUACUUCCUCCUCCGCCGCCACCUCCGAUUCCGCCGCCUCCUCUCCUCCGCCGAUGAAGAAGGCGAAGAACGGCCUCCACCACCCGCCUCAGCCGCACGACGACAAGGAAGUCUUCCCUAUGGACGAAGAUUCCGCCCGCGCCCCCGCCUCCAAUCUCUCCCGGAAGAAGGCCACUCCGCCUCAGCCCGCUAAGAAGCUCGUCAUUAAGCUCAACAAAGCUAAACCAACAUUACCCACAAACUUUGAGGAGACUACAUGGGAAAAACUGCAAUCAGCUAUCAGAGCUAUAUUCAUGAAGAAACCGGUGUCUUUUGACCUUGAAGGGCUUUACCAGGCUGUUGAUAACCUUUGCCUACAUAAGAUGGAAGGAAAACUUUACCAACAGAUAGAGAAGGAGUGCGAAGAGCACAUCUCUGCCGCCUUACAAUCCUUAGUUGGAAAAAGCACCGAUUUUUCUGUUUUCUUGUCACUUGUUGAGAAAUGCUGGCAAAACUUCUCUGACCAGAUGCUAAUGAUCCGUAGUAUAGCUUUGUCAUUGGACAGAAAAUAUGUAAUACAGAACCCCAAUGUACGUUCUUUGUGGGAAAUGGGUCUGCAGCUUUUUCGGAAGCAUCUCUCCUUAUCCCCUGACGUUGAGCAGAGGACUGUUACUGGUCUUCUAAGAAUGAUUGAACAGGAAAGACUAGGUGAAGCUGUUGAUAGGAGUCUGCUAAACAAUCUUCUGAAGAUGUUUACCGCAUUGGGAAUAUAUGCGGAAAGCUUCGAGAAACCUUUCCUUGAAUGCACUUCUGAAUUUUAUGCUGCCGAAGGAAUGAAAUACAUGCAGCAGUCUGAUGUUCCUGAGUACUUGAAGCAUGUUGAGGAAAGGUUACAUGAAGAGAAUGAAAGAUGCAGACUAUACUUGGAUGUUGGCACCAGGAAACCACUGAUAGCAACUACGGAGAGGCAACUUCUUGAACGUCAUAUACCUGCUAUUCUUGAUAAGGGAUUUACGACGUUGAUGGAUGGACGUCGGACUGAAGACCUACAGAGGAUGUACACCCUGUUCUCUCGAGUGAACGCACUCGAAUCUUUGAGACAGGCCCUAAGCUCCUAUAUUCGGAAAACUGGGCAGAGGAUUGUCAUGGAUGAAGAAAAAGAUAAGGAUAUGGUACCAUCUUUGUUGGAGUUCAAGGCUUCUCUUGACACAAUAUGGGAAGCAAGCUUUUCCAAGAACGAAUCAUUUGGCAAUACCAUUAAAGACUCAUUUGAGCACCUGAUUAACCUACGCCAGAAUCGGCUGAUCUUUUUGGAUGAAAAACUCCGUGCUGGGAAUAAGGGUACCUCCGAAGAAGAGUUGGAGAAUAUGCUUGAAAAAGUCUUGGUCUUGUUCAGAUUUAUCCAGGGUAAAGAUGUGUUUGAAGCAUUCUACAAAAAAGAUCUUGCAAAGAGACUCUUGAAUUCUCACUUUUCCCCUUCAUGUAGAUCUCUAAGGUUGAGAACUGUCUUAAGCUUUCUUAAGACCGAGUGUGGAAGCCAGUUUACAAACAAGCUCGAAGGGAUGUUCAAGGAUGUUGAACUAUCAAAAGAAAUAAAUGAGUCAUUCAAAACAUCACAACAAGCCAGGUCGAAACUGCCUUCAGGAAUUGAGAUGAGUGUCCACGUCUUAACGACAGGGUACUGGCCUACAUAUCCACCUAUGGAUGUUAAGCUUCCUCAUGAACUAAAUGUCUACCAGGACAUCUUCAAAGAGUUCUAUUUGAGCAAGUACAGCGGCAGGAGAUUAAUGUGGCAAAACUCAUUAGGCCACUGUGUACUAAAGGCAGAUUUCCCUAAAGGUAAAAAGGAGCUUGCAGUUUCGCUGUUUCAGGCUGUUGUCUUGAUGUUGUUUAAUGAUGCACAAAAACUUAGCUUCCAAGACAUUAAAGAUUCAACUGGCAUAGAGGACAAGGAACUGAGAAGGACCUUGCAGUCACUUGCAUGUGGGAAAGUUCGUGUCCUGUUGAAGGUUCCAAAAGGAAGAGACGUAGGAGAUGGUGAUGAAUUCGUUUUCAAUGAAGGAUUUACUGCUCCUCUGUAUCGUAUUAAGGUGAAUGCAAUCCAGAUGAAAGAAACUGUAGAGGAGAACACGAGUACCACGGAAAGAGGUCGACAGUUCCGGCAAUACCAGAUUGAUGCGGCCAUUGUCCGGAUAAUGAAGACGAGGAAGGUCUUGAGCCAUACUCUUCUAAUCACCGAGCUCUUCCAACAGCUCAAGUUUCCGAUAAAGCCGGCUGAUCUGAAGAAGAGGAUAGAGAGCCUCAUCGAACGGGAUUACCUGGAGAGAGACAAGAACAACCCUCAGAUAUACAACUAUCUCGCCUAGAGAUAUCUCCCCCUACCCGGUAAAAACAUUCACACUCCUCUCGACAUUUACCCUUGUCUCUGUCUCUGUCUGUAUAUUGAACUGACGACAAUGGAGAACCCUUCUUCUCCAAUCAUGCAAGAAAACGAAAAAAAAAGGGGGAAGAAAAAGAGUUGGAAAUUCAGAUCCUUUCGCCUUGAUUUAAUGUACAGCUCUCAACUUGAUUAUCUUUUUCUUUUUCUUUUUUAAUUUAAAAAAAAUCCUUCUUCUCUGUUUCUGUUGUCAUAUGAAUCUCCAUUUCAUAGAAUCCUCCA